UCUCCCUCCUCUCCCUCCUCCUCUUCCUCUACUUCUCCUCCACAGCCGGAGCUUGUGGAGCUGACAGACACAAACAUCAAGUUAAAACCGGGUUGUUUACUCGUCUCCUCUCUCCUGAGGCUCAAGGAUCUCCCUGAAGCGUGUGUGUCUGUGUGUGUGUGUGUGUGUGUGUGUGUGCGUGUGUGUGUGUGGGUGUGUUUCUGUGUGUUGAUGAGUGAGCGGGUGUCUCGCGUCACUUUUCAUGGGACAUUGAGAGAUGUGUGUGUCACAGCGUCGGUGGACGGGCUUUAGGGGGCCGUGCUCCCCCGCCUCCCCCCUGAUCCUCCUCCUCCUCCUCCCUCUGUCCUUCCUCUCCUCCACUCCUCCUCUCGCUCAGGGAUCCAUCGACAUCCCCAAAGACUAUAAAGUGCAUAACAUGUCGCAGCCUCCGGUCCUGACAGAGAUGCCGAUGUCGUACACAGCCUUCUCUCAGGAGGACAUCUAUCUGCCCUGUGAGGCCUCCGGUAACCCGACACCAACUUUCCGUUGGGUGAAGGACGGCGAGAAGUUCCGCUCGGAGCGAAAAGAAUCCGGGACGCUGCGAGGCGAAGACCAGGAGCCCCUCGACUCGUACGAGGGCUACUACCGCUGCUACGCCUCCAACACGCUGGGGACCGCCACCACACAAACCAUACAGGUCAUCGUGGAGGGUGAGUCUCACACACACACACACACAGACACAGACACAUACACACACAGACACACAAACGCAGACACAUGCACACACACACACAUACACACAGACACACACACAUACACACACACACACACUGGGGCCACCUGUUCUGCUCUCUCAUCUCUUGUUACCGUAGCAACCGUUUCCUGCAGACAGAGCCGUGACGUCACUCGGUCGCGAGGCGUUGCACGGCGUCAGGAAAGUCACCCAGCUGGUGUUCAGCCUCCGAUUACACUCGCUCUGGUCAGAGCAGAGGAUCGGUUCAGUACAAACAGCAAAUGUCCACCGUCUGCUCCGCAGCAGACAGACUCAGGUAGAGAGCAGCUGGUGAACGUAGUGGAGCAUUUAGCUCCAGCGUGAGACUCACAUCACGACCAGAGAGAACUCUGGUCUCUCAAACACAAUAAAACCCUCACAAGUAAGUUCAUCACAACAUGUGACCAACAAGCAGAA